AUGCAAAGGUUUAGAAUACCGAGGAGUUCACUAGUUGGUGCUAAAUUAUUGCACAGCGGUGUUGGUGCGCCAAUUGGUGCUAAAUUAUUGCACAGCGGUGUUGGUGCGCCAGUUGGUGCUAAACCAUUAAUGCAUGGUGGUGCUGGUGAUGAUUUUCUGACAAUUUCGAUAUUCAAUAUUGACGAGGCGCUUAUUGAAAAUAAAAAGUCGACGAAAUGGAAGGGUCUUUUAAGCAAAUACUCACAAGCUGCUAGUAAAGAUGACAACGAUAUGUGUUUGUCCAUAUUACAUGACAUGGCUGCAUUCGUUGUCUGCAACUCGGAAGGUGGUGGGACCAACCAAGAAUUUGUGCAAUAUAUUGAAUGCUUUCGAAUCUGGUUGAAACUUGUUGUCAACGGCAAAUCGUUUACAGUAAUUACAAGGGUGAGAAAAGCCGUAGAAGAUUAUGAAAGGGUUAUUCGUGAAAGACAAAAAAUGGGACUCAAAAAUGGAUUUCAACAGCAAGAGGAAGAUGAUUUGGUUUUGGAUAUUCUAAAAGCUAUAUUGCUUUCAUAUCAUUUGGCCAAAGAGUUUGGAAAAAGCUCUUUAUUUACUGUUCCAAUAGAAGAGUAUUUUGCUCAAAUAGCGAUGACCUACAAAGUGGAUUUGAAUGGAUUAAGGUCAAAAUUGACCGAAAAGACCCUCAUUAAAGCCCUUGAUACUAUUACACGAUUCGAUCAAGCAGAAACACAUAUCAAGACUGAAUCUGAUGAAUUGCAGAAGAAUCUGCUGCUGCUGCUGCUGCUGCUACCGCUGCCGCUGCCGCAGCUGCCUUUACCUAAACCAAUCGAGUCAUACUUGGAAGACUCUGGGGCUCUACAAUUCCAUAGGGCUUGUGAUUAUAUACUUGAGAACAAAUUCCAAUGGAAAGGUGGUGAAAUAAAAAUUCCCAUAUACAAGUUUUACGAGAAUUUAGAGAAACAAGAGAAGGGGGAGUUCAUGACACAAUAUCUUCAGUUCAACACGAUCAAACAAGCAAACUUGGAGAAAUAUUUACAUCGAAUAAUCAAAAGCAAUUUAAAUAGCAAUGAGCAAGAAAGACGAAUGGCCUUUUUCAAAAAGGAGAAAAACUACAUUGAAUCAUGGGUAGAUUUAACCACAUCUUAUAUAGAGGAGAACUUCAACUUUUCAGAACGCCCAGCUUCUCAAGAUGAGAAACUACUUUUCCAUUUUCAGCCGUUUUUCAAAGUUUUUCCUAUGAAAUCUAUAAUAUGUCAUAUUAUUUACACUUUGAUGGGACGAGUAGGAGAUAAAAGGAUACCGCUUUCUGAAUUGUUGGAUAGAUGGCGUUUUGUUUAUGUGCGUCAAAUUGCGACUCUGAGCUCAAGCAAUAUUAAAAACUUGGUUCUACAGUAUACCCUGGAAAAAUCAUUUGACGAACUAUCACACUUGAUCCUUGACGCGGUGAUGAAAUCUUGCAAGAUAAGAUUGACGAAUUCGGAGUUGAGUUUUCUUGAACAAGAAACCCCAAAGAAUGUAAUGAUGCCGUUUCUUAGUUUAGGUAACAGUGGACAUGGACAUGAGCAUGAGCAUGAGCGUGAGCAUGAGCAUUAUGCUUUUCGAAGUGAAGUAGAGCAACACUAUACUAAAAGAGCUAGACUUAUUCGAAUACAUCCAGCUUUAAUAAGAGACUUGGAAUCUACCUCAUACUACGGAGAAGGCAGCAAUUUCCCUCUUUUGUGUCCCCCUAAACAAUGGAUAGGACCAAAAUCUGGAGGAUAUUUGAGCUAUCCUGUUAAUUUUGUUACUGGAUUUGACAAAUUGCAGCGUUUUUAUUUGCAAAAAGCUCAUAUUCAAGGAAAAUUGGAUCGAGCGUUUCUUUGUCUUGAUCAAAUGGGGAAAACUGCUUGGUCAAUUAAUGGCAAUAUGUUGAAGGUGUUUAAUUCAAUAAUGCAAUUACCAAACGGAUUUCUCAAUGUGCCACGACCAUUAACUAAGGGGAAGUGUACGCAAGAGGUGCUGGAUUUGAAUAAUCAAAGGAAAUUUUAUGAAGCAAUCAACAGGUUGGCAAAUGCAUAUGGAAUCAACGGAGAUGCUUUUUAUAACUGUUAUAUGUUUGAUUUCAGAGGUCGAGCAUAUCCACUAUCGAUGUUGAAUCAUUAUGGAGAGGAUUUAAUCAGAUCGUUGUUUCAGUUUUAUGAAUCUCGCCCCUUAGGUAAAAGCGGGUUUUACUGGUUAAAGUACCAAGCGGCUUCUUUAUUCGAACCAGGGAGUGAGGCAUCUUGUGAACAGUUUUUUGAAAAACAUAAAGAGGACAUUAUAAACUCAGCAAAAAGACCCUUGGACAAUAAUAAUAAUAAUAAUAAUAAUAAUAAAUGGUGGAUGAAAGCUGACCAACCGUUCCAGUUAUUGGCCGUGUGCUUUGAAAUUGCAAAUGUGUUGAAGCAUAUAGAGGAGAGUGGUGGUAAUGGUGAUGCAAAAAUAGAGCAGUAUCUUUGUCGUUUGCCAAUCCAUCAAGACGGUACUUGUAAUGGGUUGCAACAUUAUGCUGGUCUAGCCAGAGACAAAUCAGGAGCAAAGUCGGUUAAUUUGAUUCCCCUGGAGACAAAGCAAGAUGUUUAUUCGGAAAUUAGAGAUUUGGUUGAAAAAAAGAUACUUGAAGAUAUAAACAAAUUUGAAACUCAAGAGGAAAUUGAUAAUGCCCGAUUUAAGUUGGAAAUAUUGAGUAGAAAGAUUGUAAAGAGACCUGUUAUGACUAGUGUUUAUGGAGUUAGUGGAUUUGGAGCAAAACUACAGAUCAAAAACGAGAUUCGUGAUAUUGUGGAUAAUUUUGCGCAAAACCCAUCACGAUGCCAAUAUGACGAGUCGGUGAUUUUUAAAUUAAAAUCAUUUACUAUGAAGGAUGCGAGCUAUUUAGUCAAUAAGAUCUUUGCUUCAAUUGAUGAGUUGUUUGUAAAUGCUAAGAAAAUUGAAAAAUGGUUGGUUCAUACUAGUGAUCGGAUCCUCAACAGCUAUAACAUAAAGACACUAGACUAUCUAGCAAGCAAAAAUUCCAAAUUGUUAAACACUUAUUUCAAUAAACCAGUGAAUUAUUCUCCUAUAAGUUGGAUUUCACCAGUGGGAUUCCCAGUAGUACAAGUUUAUCGCAAACCAUCAAACGCAACCACUCGGGGAAAAAUGGGUUAUUUUGUAAUUGAUAAUACAGAUAGGCAUACACCUGCUGAUAGACGCAAGCACAAAUUGGCAAUCGCUCCUAACUUUAUUCAUUCCCUAGAUGCGUCACAUAUGGCUAUGACAUGUGACGCCGCAGUUAAAAAUGGGUUGACAUUUGCUUCUAUACAUGAUUCAUACUGGACUCACGCGUGUGAUAUGGAGAAAUUGUCUUCAAUAUUAAGGGAGAAGUUUGUUGAAUUGCAUUCCUUUGAUUAUAUGAAAUGUGUGAAAGAGGAUUUAGAGAACCAAGUAAAAAGUUCCUAUCAAUUGGUUUAUUUUGAAAAAGAAAAGUAUCGUGAAUUGUAUGAGAAAGUAAAAGAGAUCCGUCGACAGUAUGGAGAAAAGACAAUUGCGCAGCAGAUGAGUUCUGAAUUGAGAAGUUUAUCAUCGAUGUCUUAUGAAGACCAUCAAGUGCUGAAAUUGAUUAAACAGUAUGAACCGAUACUUUAUUAUGUUCAAGGAAGUAAAACAUUUGAAUACAACUCAAACUUUCCCAUGCAAAUUGAUCGUAAGUUGAAGAAAAAAGUUCCUGUUUUCGUUCCUGUUAGAAUCAUGGAUUUGCCGCUGAAGGGUGACUUGGAUAUCAACUUGGUGUUGAAGAGUAGAUUCUUCUUCUCCUAA